AUGAUGUCUUCAGCGGUUAUUUCCUCCCCAUCCACAAGUGACUUUUGUGAGAAAGAGAACCACCUGGAUAUCGAUAAUGUCAUCAAUGAUGGGUUAGCCAGUAAAGAAAGUAUAAUAACUGCUGGCGAGGAAGCGCCCUCCCCCAGGACUAGACGCUUUGCCAAAUUGUCCAGCUAUCAAAUUUCCGGACCUUCUUCGCACAUUGAUAAACAAAGGGAAAAACGUGCUGCGCCAUCAGAUAACUUGGUAAACAAGGGUAGGAAGAAGAAUAGUGUCAUGGAUCUCUCCCAGCCCUCGAUAGCUUCCAUGUUCUCUAAGGAACAGAAGGAAAUUAAAUCAGAGCCACAGUUGAGCAAUCGCAUCCUGAAAAUUGAAAUUACCCAUGAUCAGGUAGCUAUGCUGGACGCUGACUCAGAUGAGAGAAUACCGAAGAAGCUGAAGCGUGAAACAAAGACUGAGCCAGAUGGAAAUGAGGUCGAGACUUUGCAGCCCAAGGUUCAAAUUAAAAAAAAUUUUCCUCUAAAUUGCCAAAUUUGCAAACAGCGACUCGGCGAUGCCGAUACAAAAUUGUACCAAGGACAUCCUCGUGGCGCCGUUGAGGAAUUCAUUGCUCUCACUGACCCGAGAUUGUCACUUUUUACAGGCGAGGAAUUAAGCAUGCAUGAAAGUGAUGAGAGACCACAAAACAAAAUUACACAUUUCAGUGUCUAUGACAAGAAUGGCCAUCUCUGCCCAUUUGACACAGGUCUUAUAGAGCGCAAUGUAUUACUCUACUUUUCUGGCUAUAUGAAGGCAAUUUAUGAGGAGAGUCCCGACCCUGAUGGUGGUGUUCCAACCAUGAAUUUGGGACCCAUAAAUGAAUGGUGGGUUUCCGGUUUUGAUGGCGGUGAAAUAGCACUCAUAGGUUUUAGCACAGCAUUUGGGGAGUAUAUUCUAAUGCAACCCUCUGAUGAGUACUCUCCGUUCAUGGAAGCUGUCAGAGAAAAAAUACACUUGAGUAAGCUCGUCAUCGAAUUUCUGCUAGAUGAGUUCAACCCUGCCUAUGAAGAUCUAUUAAAUAAGCUUCAGAUAACGGUCCCACCAAAAGGGCAUUCGAGACUAACAGAAGACACGCUGCUCCGACAUGCACAAUUCGUUUGUGACCAAGUUCAAUCAUUUGAUUCUUCAGCAAAGUCUGACGAGAAUCUGUUGAUAACCACUCCCUGUAUGCGAUCUUUAGUUAGCCUGGCAGGUGUCACAGUUGGAAAAAGAUUGGCGAUGCGUAAGACCACACGGAAGUAUGAAAAACUUAAAAAACCUGCAUGGACGAAAGCCACCACGACACAUCUUGUGAAAAACGUGUUCGAAACUUUCUUCACAGACCAGUUAGACAGGCACAACGAUGGGGAAAGAACCGGGCCCAAAAGACGCAGAUGUGCUGUCUGCGAAGCUUGUCAACAACCUGACUGUGGUCUUUGCGUUCACUGCAAAGACAUGACAAAAUUCGGAGGAUCCGGAAGAACCAAGCAGGCCUGUAUCCAGCGUAGAUGUCCCAACAUGGCUCUGCAGGAGGCCGACGACUCGGAUCCUGAUGAUGAGGAGGAAUACGAAGCAUUAGCAGAGCAGGCUACUGCCUUCAGUCACAAAGUUGCCAAGGGUCUCCGAAAAAUAAAAAAAGAAAUUAAGUGGCUCGGAAAAGAAAUAACUAACGAUGGACGGAGAAUUUUCUAUGAAUCUGUCCUUGUGGGGGGAGAAGAACUUCGGAUCAAUGAUUGUGUUCUCAUCGAACCCGACGAUCCAGCCAUCCCAUUGUACAUCGCCAAGAUAGUCUACAUGUACGAGAUGAUAAAUGGAGAAAAAAAAUUAUUCCAUGCCAACUGGUUUUGUAGAGGCGGCGACACCGUCUUGGGAGAAACUUCUGACCCAAUCGAACUAUUCCUCGUUGACGAAUGUGAAGAAGCCCCAUUUUCGGCAGUUAAAUGCAAAGCCCAAGUGAUACGAAAAAAUAUUCCUGACAACUGGGCUGAAUUGGGCGGUAAUAAGCUGUGCCCUGAAGAUCAGAUCAAUGAUGUAAACCAAACAACUUUCUUCUACCAAAAGAGAUACCAAGUUGAAACUGCCCGUUUCGAGGACCCCUUGCCGGAUCCAAAAUGCUUACGCCAAGAUAUAGCCCACAGAUUUUGCCCGGCAUGCGCUCGUUUCAAUGCCGUUCAACAACGAAAGAUUCCAAGGGUUGACGAACGUGGAGAGCAAAUAAGCAACAGUAAAGUUAUCUACAAUGUUGUUUAUUACAAAGGGGAUGAGUUCAGAGUCGGGAGUACAGUUUACCUGAUGCCCGGGACGUUCUCUUUUAAGCAUAACGCUUCAAAAUCGGAAUUUUCAAGGGUCAAGAAGGAAAAGGUCGACGAAGAUAUGUACCCAGAGUUCUACAGGAAAUCAUCGGAUCACGUGAAAGGUUCUAACUUUGACACCCCAGAACCUUUCAACAUUGGGCACAUAUCUUCCAUCUAUGCAACGACAACCGAUAAGCUCGUUUCCUCCGAUGAAAUUUGGAUUACCGUGACCAAACUUUACAGACCGGAAAAUACUCACAAGUUACAACAGUCUGUAGAGCAAGCGGACCUGAAUAUGUUAUACUGGAGUAGAGAAGUGCGGGAUCUCAACUUUCAGAAGGUCGUUGGCAAGUGCUACCUGAUGUAUUCUGAAAAUUUAGAACAGUCUAUCGAGGAAUGGUCAAAUUCUGGGGCAAAUCGAUUUUACUUCUCACAAUCUUAUAACAUCGAUGAAAAGAACUUUGAAGAGCCUCCUCCGCAUACAAUAACUAUUGGGAAGCAGUCAAAGGGCAAAGGAAAAGGCAAAGGAAAAGGAAAAAGUAAAGAACUCUUGGAAAGCGAUAAAAAACAUAUUAUUCAUGUUCCACCCAAUCAUCCAGAGGUUCAGAAACGUUUACAAACUCUAGACGUCUUUGCAGGAUGCGGAGGACUUUCCGAAGGUCUACAUCAAGCUGGAAUAGCUGAGAGCCGGUGGGCGAUCGAAAAGGAAGAACCUGCAGCCCACGCCUUCCGACUGAACAAUCCAAACGCCAUAGUCUACUCGGAAGAUUGCAACCUAUUGCUGAGAAUGGUGAUGGAUGGAAAGGAAAAAGACGAGCACGGGCAGCUUCUCCCGCAAAGAGGAGAAGUUGAGCUUCUGUGCGGUGGGCCCCCGUGCCAAGGUUUUAGUGGAAUGAAUCGGUUCAAUUCGCGGCAGUAUUCGUUGUUCAAAAAUUCGUUGGUUGUGUCGUGUUUAUCGUAUUGCGACUAUUACCGGCCAAAGUUUUUUAUAAUGGAAAACGUUAGAAAUUUUGUUACUUUUAAAAGAAGCAUGGUCCUUAAGCUAACUUUGAGAUGCCUCAUCCGAAUGGGUUACCAAUGUACUUACGGAGUACUUCAAGCUGGAAAUUACGGUGUCCCACAGACUAGAAGAAGGCUCGUGAUCCUUGCCGCUGCACCUGGUGAAGUACUCCCAAGUUAUCCAGAGCCUACUAACGUAUUUAGCAAACGUGCUUGUCAGCUGAGUGUCGUAGUAGAUGGUAAAAAGUACACUUCCAACUGCGAGUGGACCGAUUCAGCUCCCUACAGAACGAUAAGCGUCAGAGAUGCCAUGUCAGAUUUGCCAGACAUUAAAAACGGUUGGGAUAAGGAAACAAUGUCCUAUGGUGGCGAACCAGUCUCGCAUUUUCAGAGAAAGAUCAGGGGUAACCGGUACCAAGCUAUGCUUCAUGACCACAUUUGCAAAGAAAUGGCUCCUCUAGUCGAGGCGAGAAUUGCACAUAUUCCAACUGCUGCUGGUUCAGACUGGAGAGAUUUACCAAAUAUAGAACAGAGGCUCAGCGAUGGAACAUUCUCAAAAAAGCUACAGUACAACCAUCAUGAUAAAAAAGCAGGAAUAAGUUCAACGGGGGCACUUCGGGGAGUCUGCAGCUGCUGCACUGGUAAACCUUGUGAACCGAUGGAUAGACAAUUUAACACGUUAAUUCCAUGGUGUUUGCCUCACACUGGUAACCGUCAUAAUCACUGGGCUGGACUUUAUGGGCGACUUGAAUGGGACGGAUUCUUUAGCACAACGAUUACGAAUCCUGAGCCAAUGGGGAAACAGGGACGUGUUUUGCAUCCAGAACAGACGAGAGUUGUGAGCAUAAGAGAGUGUGCAAGGUCUCAAGGUUUCCCCGACACUUAUCGUUUCUUUGGUAACAUCAUGGACAAACAUCGUCAAGUAGGUAAUGCUGUUCCACCACCGAUGGGAGCAGCUAUUGGAUACGAGAUAAGAAAGAGUUGCUAUAUCAAGGCUAACAUGAAAACCGAGGAUGAGAUGAAGACGAAGGUAAACCUCGGGUAGGAGUAAAAUUUUGAAAGAUAAAAGAUGUUUUAAAUGCGAUAAAAGAGAGUGACGUUAUAUUUUUGUAUGAAGUACGAUUCAGUGUCCAUAAUGUGGGCUCUCCGUUUGAGAGAAUUACGAUAUUAAAGAUACUUUCUUGAGAAAAAA